AUGCAGGCCAAACUUACACUUUCGUUGCUGAUCGCGUUGCUUGCUGUGGCAAACAGCACAAGCAUUUUAGACUACCUUGAUUGGGACGGCGGAAAACUUAUCGAUGUCCCAGAACAACGAAACUCUCAACCAAAUAGAAAUUGCAUGUGUAAAGGGCCUGCGUGCAUUUGCUGUGUGGACUUUAAUAUAACCUUCGUUGACCUUGGUGGCCCAGGAGCAAACCCACCUCCUAUCUGUCUUCAAGUGUUCGGAAAGUUCGCACAAGUUUGUGCGAAAUUUAAUGACCUGGCUCCAACUGCGGAUGGUCUACGUGGGUGUCUUGAGUUAGGACCAAAAUUGUUCGGGGAAACUCAACUCGAGUUCCCUAUCGGGUGCUUUAAAUCUACUGCUGGUGGAAUGGAGAUGGAGGAUCCACCAGCCGAGACAGAGGAAACCCCAACAGAAGAAAGCAACACAGAAGACUCUAGUGAUUCCACCGACUUUGAUGCGGAGUCUUUCCUUCUGGGCGUUUAUCAAACUGCAGAGCAGGGCAUGGCUUUUCUUAGCAGUCUCCUCGACAUUCCUCGGCAAAACGCAACAAAACCAGCGGUGGAAACUCAAACACCUGAACCACAGAGAAGAGCACCGAAGAAUCUAAAACAUCCUAAUUUACUG